UUUGUGAAGAUAAUAUGUACAAUUGCGAUACUGGUCAAUUUGAAUGUUUAUUUAAAGGCAUGCUCUAAUGGAUGGAGAAAAAGGUACGUAUAUUUUGCAAUCAAAUAUAAGCGUUUGGGAUUUUUGACAUACACCCAUACGGAGAGUGAGGAAUGUCUAGCCCAGUUAAGUGCGUUUGACUCUCUUAAUGUACCAUGUGUUUUGCGAAGAUUUGUGUGUUUUUUCUACUGAAUGUAAUUUUUGAAAACACAUUGACAAAUGUUUUGAACCAUGGAAUAAUUAAAGAAGCAUACUGGGGCGCUGUUUGGCAAAAAACAUACAUCUUACAUGCGGACCGCAAAACGUUCUUAGAGGCUAAAAACAUUUGCGAAUCUAAUGGGAUGAACAUGUACAGAGGGACUGAUGAAAAGGUCCAUCUGUAUAUAAAGGUCAAAGCUCAGAGACUAGGCUGGCAUGCCUUUGAAGAUGUUUGGGUGGGAUUAAUGAAGCAUUCGAACAGUAGUGUAUGGUAUGGAGCUAAAUCAUCAAAAUGGGUAGAACUAACUAUAACUUUACACGGACAACUUUUUCACGAGAGACAAUAUGGUGUGCUGAACAUGUCCGGGCCUUCUCAUUCUGCAAAUUCCAAUCUAACGUAUGCUGAUUCCUGUAAUGAUAGAAAACUUGGAUUUGUAUGUAUAGAUCUCCACGGAAAGAUACCAAGUGCUGUAGAGUUUUACCCUUUGUCAGCAUUGGUAGAAAAUGGAUCUUCUCAGAUAUCGUGGCAAAAUGUAACUGAUACAGAAUGUGCAGUAAAUUCAUUUUCCGAGUCCCUCUGUUACGCUGCGACUUACUUCCCAGAAACAGGGAUUUGUGUCGCAGAAUGUACAGAUAUGGACACAGUUCCAGAAAAUGUUACACUCGUCAAUUCUACAAUCAACUCCACUGUUCUUCUACGAACUUACAAUAGAGUUCUUAUCAACAACACAAUGACAAAUUUGACAUCGGUAUCAGACCCAGGACAGAUUCCCUGUUUACCAGACAUCCAAACAACAACUGGUAUUUCCACGUUAGCUAGCACUUCAGAGCACGUGACCUCUCAAUGCCCUUGUACCUGUCCAAUGACGUCCAACAUUUCAACGGAAGAUCUUCAGCAGAAAAUAACUCAGAUCAAAGAAAAUCUAACUGUCGCCAAAACCUCUUUAUCGUCAUCCCAACGGAAGUUAAUAUGUGCACCUGAUGAAAGACAAUCUUCGAUGACGAUGGGAAUUCUGGGUACGUGUGUUAUCAUAGGAACACUGUUUGCUUUGGUUGGCAGCGACUUGUUCAAAGUUUUUUUCGUAACUGUAAAAUUUUUGAAAAGGAAGUUCUAAGACUUAUUUUCAGUAUUAUUGAAAGUGAAAAUAAGCCAUGAACUGUAUAUGAUCAUGUCUGAGAAGAGUAAUUUCGAUAUAUAUGUAUAUUUUUUAGAUUUUAAAUGUCAUUAAUGAACUUUUAAUGAAUGAAAUAUUAUCUACAAUUGGGUUCUUUAAUGAUACACGUAGUUGAAGAUAAAUACAAUCAUAACAAUAUGAAAAAAGGAUAAUUACUAGUAUACUGAUAUCAUGGUUUUUGUUAAAUAAAAAUAUUAAUGCAAUACAGAAAACUGAUGCUGGAAGAGAGUGGUUAGUAUGUAGAAAUAGAGUCAAUAUCGAAAUAAUAUAAAAUGAACAAACAAAUUUCAAUGUAUUAAACUAUUGCAAUCAAAUGCGUACCAAACUUAAUGAAAUGGGUUUUUUAAUGCUAAAUAAGUCUUGUAAUUAUACGAGUAAUUGAAUUAGUUUAAUGCCUGCAAAGCAUUAAUGCAUUGCAUACAGGAUUCACAUCAGUUGAUUCAACUUAGGUGACGAAACUCUCUCUCUCUCUCUCUCUCUCUCUCUCUCUCUCUCUCAGUAACCACAGCAAGUUUUUUUUAGCAAAAAAUUUACUUGUUUUUGAAAAAUAAUUUUAUUGAAGGCUAAUGUCAAAUAAUUUGUUUAAAUGCCAUGGACAGUAAUAGUAUUAGAUAGUACAUGUAUAGAAAACUUCAAAGGCUGAAACUAAGUGGUUUUAAAUUGUAAACAAUACCUUUAUUCAGAGUAUAUUAUUCUUGAAACCCACCGGCACUUUAACGAGAGGGUAGACAAUGCAUCCAAUCUUUAAACAAGAGGAACAUCAAUAACGAGUAAUAAACUGCGCACGUUCGAGGAUCUGUUUAGAACUGUAAUGGAGGGUUGAUUAAAAUAAGGAAAGAUACCACAGUGACUUUGAAGAUUUUUUUAUAAUACAUUAUUGAAAUAAGCGUUCUAAAGUUUAGAAAUUUAAAAAAAAUUUCAAAAUUAUCUAUAACAUUGUCAAAUUUGGUUUUGGAUUCAUUGAUUUAACAAAUCCUUAAAAUUAAUCUUAAAUGGAUAAUAUAUCUUUUAUCAAUGUUUUGACAGUGGAUUGACGAAUCUCAUCAGAUUUUGUCUAGCUGUCCAUAUCAUGAUAAGAAGUUUAAAUCGGAUCAGAAAUGAUAGCUUAACUGACAUUGUAAUCAGUCAUCUGCUUUAUGUUUAUGUUUUUUCUUCCAUGAAAGUAAUAACCCAAUACAACAUUGAAAAGGGCAAAUGGCGUCAUGAUUUAAAAAAAAAGGCCUUGUUGGUAACAUGAAUGAAAGAUUAAUGAUGUAUAUUGAUACACUUCUUAAUACUUAUAUACUAUAUGUAGACAAUAUAUACAUGUGUAAUUGUAAAAAGGUUUUAAAAAAUAUUAAAGUUUUCCAUUACUAGCAUUUUCUUUUUCAAUAUACUGGUAAAAGCAAUUAAUUUUGGUGUAUAAUUGGUUUUAAUGGACAAUUGGGUUAUUGUUCCCAUAUCAGACGUACCACAAUAACAAUCAACACAA